ACAAAUACAACUCACUCUCAUCCAAAUCUGAUUUUACCAUCAUACCUUUUAAAUGGGGAAAAAAAAAAAAGGCAAAACGGUGAUCUGCUUGUACAGCCUUUAACAGGAGGAGACUUUGGCCCAAGGUGCAAACUGGUGGGCACGACAGCAAGAUGAAGCCAAAAUGCAGCAAAAUAAGCAGGUGUAGGUACCCCCUUCCGUGUCACCUCUAAAUUAAUUUUGCGUAUGAAGACAGAGGGGAUCACUGGGUCAGAGGAAGCAGUCCGGAUGCGUAGGUCAGUAUGUGAUGCGUUCAUGAGCAUGUGUCUGUGCAUCUAUGACCUAUAUUUGGAUAUAGAGUCUAUAAAAAGCCUUGGUACAAACAGCCUCCAGCAGGAGUCAGAUCCCCCGUCCCUGGUGUCGCUGCCUGCUUCGGGAGAGAGGAUUGAGCCCACUCCGGCUUUUAUUCUUCUCUUCGUGUUCUCCAGGAAGAUGGCUAAAGCCGGCAUAUCUCUGCGCUCCCUGAACGAGACAUUAAACAGAGUAGAAACCAAGCUGCAAACCUUGGAGGCUCAGUUCACAGACCUGGACUCGAGCUUGCAGAAGCUGGCGCAGAAGUUUGAGCUGCAGGCUGAGAUGCUGGAGAAGGAGAUGAGCCAGAACACCCCGUGGACACAGGCGCCGGAAGAGGUGAGCACAGGGAGGGAUGGGUCCGUCGUCAUCCUUCACGCGCAGGUGAUGCUGCUGUCACCCAUACUGACGCUCGGCUCGGAGGAGGAGCGAGAGCCCGGGCGGCGGGAGAGGCCCGUCAGCGAGCGGCGGGGCGGGGCGGCCGGCGGGCAGCGCCAAGGCGGCGGCCAUUGCGGGAGGCCGCGGCCCUGCCUGCCGCCGGGCCUGAGGACCGCCGCGCCCCCGCCGCGGAGCUGCAGCUCGGUGGGUGCUGACUCCGUGCUUUGA